GGCCGCGACCGUCCUUACCAGCAGACGCCAAGGAGCAUGACCAUGUUUCCCAGAGGAUUUGGGGAGUCUGGAUCCCAAGACCUGCCCGGCUGCUCCUGGUUUCUCAGGGGCUUUGCUCCCAAAUUUGUCUGGGGCCCAGGGCGGUGCAGCUGGAUGGUGCAAAAGUGCCUGGUCCUUUGGAAAGGGGCAGCGGAGGGGACGGCACCCGCUCUCACCCUGCGCCGGGGGGGGAACAGAGGUGAGGCUGCCUGAGCCCCGCCUGGGGGUAGCACGGGAUCCCCAUGCCUGGAGGAGGAACUGGGACUUGGGGUUUCCCCACUGCCUGGGCGGGGUCCAGGAGCCGGGCAGCGAGAGGGGGCAGAGCAAGAGCUGUUUGUUCUGGCACAGGACACGGCGCUGACCUCACGUCCUGCAGCCGCGGGACGCUCCGGGGCUUCGGCUGGUGUCCCGGGGAGGUGCUGCGGGGCAGGCAGGUCCCCAGCGCCAGGGGUGGCAGGCUGGGCCUUCUCGGGGCAUGGGGGCAGCCCCCAGCACCCAGCGACGGAGACUCCCUCCUGCAAGGGAAGGGGCCUGCUCUGCCCUGCAUCACCGGAGGAAGCCAGGGACUCUGCCCUGCGGCCCCAGGCUCCGCCGGCAAGGGACGGUGACGUAGCUGCAGAGCCAGGAGACCCCAUCGCCCGCCCACGCCAGCCUCCCCCAUCACUACCGCGCUCCAUGAUGGUGCCUGCUUGCCUGCCUCUCCUCCUGAUUCUGCUGAUGCCACCCAUGCUGCUGGGGACCGAGGGCACCCCGGGUCCCGGGACGACUUCUCCGGGUGCCGCCAGCGCGGCUGUCCAGCCGGUCCCACCGCCCAUCCUUGCCUGGGCCCCGCAGGCAUUCCAGGGGAGACGCCUGGGACCACACGGCUGCCCGAGCUGCGGCCUGCCCGGGCUCUGCCCCAGUACCUGCUGGACCUGCACCAGCGCCGCUCGAGGGCAACCCCCUCCCUUGGUGGUGGAUGGCUCCCGUUCCCGGGGGGGCGCACAGGGAAGGCCAACACCGGGGUGCUCGCCCGGUCUGCAGCCAGGGAGGGAACAAGCAGGUGCUGGGAUGGACCCGAAAUCGGCCAACUGCGGGGCGACGCUGUGUUGUCGAGACAGCGCCGUCCUGCCAGGGAAGCCGGCCCCGCUGGGUAGCGCUGGGGAUCAGCCCGCGCUCGCCUGCUGCGGCCCCGACUGCCGCUAGGAAAUGGGCUCAGGACGCGAGCUCUCUGGACACACGGGGCUGCCUGGGCUCUCCAGGGACCCGUGGCAGCUCCCCCCUUGCUCUGCUUCUGCUGAGGGGGUUUCUCCCGGGGCACACGUGGGUGACUCACCCGCUCCGGAUGCGGCCUCCCAUGUCGCACGCGCGGCCCCAAGGUGCGGCUGCGGCUGCGAGCUCCCCUCCAGCCCGCGCUGCUUGUGUGCUUUGUGCAGGUGGGCAGCAGUGGGGCCCUGAGGACGGAGGAGCGGCAGGAUGGUCCUACGUCUUGUUCAACAUCUCCGGCCUCCCCGACGAGGAGGAACUGCUGGCUCUGGAGCUGCGCUUCUACCGCCAGGAGACGGGGGCCCAAGGCUCUCGCAUCAGCCUGUACCACGCGCCGGACCCCUGCGAGGUGGCUGGGGCCCAGCACUGGCUGCUGGAGCGCCGCGUCGUGGCUCAGGACCAGCCGAGGUGGCAGAGCUUCGACGUCACGGCCGCGGUCCGAGUGGGGAAGCGCCAGCUCGGGUUCCUGGUGGAGGUGGUUCACAGAAACAGCAGCUCGCUGUGGGACCCGCACCUCCGAGCAAGACGCUCCCCCAGGGAGGCCGAGGGGCGGUGGGCCCCGGAACGGCCUUUGCUGGUCACCUACAGUCACGACCGGAGGAGCAAGCCCCUGAGUGCCUGGGGCAAGCGGAGCAGAGGUCAGGCCACCGGCCGAGAUGGGAGAGCAGGCAGGAGGUCUCCCAGGCCCCGGAGCAAGCGGAAGAGCCCAAAGACCAAGAAAGGCCCGGCCCGGUGCCACAGGCACCCCGUUUGUGGACUUCAGGGACAUGGGGUGGGAUGACUGGAUCGUGGCUCCCAGCGGCUACCAUGCCUUCUACUGCCGCGGGGAAUGCCGCUUCCCCCUGGCCGCACACAUGAUUUCAUAGAUUUCAUAGACAUCAGGGAUGGAAGGGACCUCGGAAGAUCAUCGAGUCCAGCCCCCCGCCCAAA